GCAUCAAGGGAAAUCUUACAUGUCUUGGCACAACAUUGCAGGCUACGUCGGUGCUUCAACGUCUCGUCGUCUGCAACAAGAUUGCUGGUGAGCUCAAUAUGGAUUGCGCGGCUUUUCGGCUAUCGAGUUGGCUUCCUCAGACUCCUUGCUGUGCAUCGCACAACAGUUUCGUGUUUGGUUGAAGCCACUGGAUCAAGUCUAGACGAUCGCGCGCGAUAAUGGGCAAGACGCAAUAUGCUGCAGGAUUCCGCUUUGUUGUCCGGACCUCUGACCAAUGUUCGGGUACGGAAGACCGAAGGGUCGUCAUGAGCCAUGCCUCAACGACACGAUGGAAACGUCGGAAGGAUGCUACCCAGCUCCAUUCAUGGAUCGACCCCCGGCGGCGUCUCGAUGCUGAAGAGCAGAUGCCAAAGUCCAAAGACUAUCCAACUGUCUCGAUUCCAGGCCUGGUUGGUGGGAGCUUCUCCGCCACGCAACUACCCCCGGGCAUUGAACCUUCCGUGAUUGAAGAUUUGGUUCAGCUUAUCAAUUUCAACCAGAUUGGAAUGUACCCCUACGAGAUCUGCCUCCAAGUGCAUCCCGUGCAAAGGGGCUGGUUUCCUUACAUGAUUGGCGACAUCUGCUGUAUCCACUCCAUGAUGUUCUCGGUCCGGGCCUUUGUCGACGGAUCUCCUGAUGACGGUCAAUGUAGCCGACUGGCUGCAUUCCACUUUCACCAAUGUUUGCGGAUUCUCCAGGCUCGCAUCAAUGCUUUCGAGCGAGGUCAGAAGGAAACUGUCUUCCGAGACUCAACCAUCAUGGUCAUCAUUACUCUUGCUCAAACUGCAGAGCUCACAGGAGACUUCAAGGCCGCUCAGAACCACGUCGAUGGUCUCCUCAAGAUCGUGAACUUGAAAGGCGGCCUGAAAGCUAUGAACACGCAUAACAAUCUCCAAGUGAAGAUCUGCAGGGCUGAUCUAGGUUUGGCACUACACCUGGGCACCCCUCCGCGUCUCUUCCAGGAAAACAUUGAAUGGAAUUGCUUCAUCGCCGGACGUGGUCUGAUCCGCUGUGCCCACCAACACCAUGCUGAUCUGACAAGUGCGUUUGUUGACAAGCUUGACUCAAAACUCCAAAAUUGCUGGAACGAUAUCCAUGCCUUUUCUUGCCUGAGCAAUUUGGCCUACCAAACAACUCGUAAGCUCUCGCCCGAGACCUACAACGAAAUGGUGGUGUCCAUCCUCUACCGGCUCACACAGCUGUCUUUCACGGACGAUCCUCUGCAGGAAAUCAUUCGAGUGGCUCUGUUGGUUUACUGCACGACAAUCUUCCUGACACGCUCGUUCCGGCAACAACCUUGCGAUCAUCUUUCCGAGCUCUUCAAGACUGCCCUGUUCAACCUAUGCCAUGCCUCUACCAUCAUUGUGCCGCCAGCAGUCAUGCUCUGGCUCUUGCUGUUGUACCAUGUGACAGUCUACAAAGGGCCAUCCGUCGAUCUUUGGGGCGACGAAUGGCUCGACCGAGCUGUUUCGAUUGCUGGAGUAGAUACCUGGAUACAAGCACAUCCAGUAUUGAGGUCUGUCAUGUGGGUUGAUUUUGUGCAUAAUUCUGCCGGACAGAAAGCCUUCAUGGCAGCCAUAGAGCGUCUGAAAGUCGUUGGACCGACACAACCCUGAAGGUCCAUACAGUACUUCUUAUCACAAAUCUGCAGACAUGGCGCUUUCUCCCAGCUCG